AUGGUGCUCAUUACUCAACUUCUGUCGGGCUUUACCCUGGCUUCAGGAAUCCUUGCAUCGCCUAUCGAGCGUCGUGCUGUUAUCAACCACGAUGCUGUCGUUGGAUUUCCGCAAACUGUCCCAUCCAAUACAGCUGGCUCACUCUAUCUCAAAUACAAGCCUUACCUCAAGGUCUUCAACGGAUGUGUGCCCUUUCCCGCGGUUGAUAGUAAUGGAAACAUUGGUGGAGGGUUAGCCACAAGUGGCUCGUCUAAUGGAGGUUGCAGUAGCAGUACGGGCCAGGUCUACGUACGAGGCGGGACUUACAAUGGCCGCUACGGUAUCAUGUAUUCUUGGUAUAUGCCAAAGGACUCACCCUCUCCCGGACUAGGACAUCGUCACGACUGGGAAAACGCGGUGAUAUGGUUGUCUGGUGAAAGCACAAGUGCUACAGUUGUUGGUAUGGCAGUUUCUCAACACGGAGGAUAUGACAAGAGAACGACUGGUACAUUCUCUGGGAACAGUCCUUUAGUGGGAUAUACUGCCGUCUGGCCUACUAACCACCAAAUGAUCUUUACCGACGACAAAGGUGGCCAGCAGCCGCUGGUUGCCUGGGAGAAUUUGACCGCUGCGGCUCGUACAGCUUUGACAAACACUGACUUCGGCAGUGCCAACGUCCCAUUCAAGGACGGAAGCUUCGAGUCAAAUCUGGACAAGGCAGCCGUCUAA